AAAUGGAGCAAAGCGAAAGAGCCGACAUCGUCGCUCUGUUUACAAAAUUAUCACGUUAUCAGUUAGGUACGUUCGGUGCUUUCUCUAUGUGACAGUAAUUCUUCUUUUCGAAAUUCUUCAUCAGUUUUUUAGCUGCCGCAGAUGACAAUGAGUUCAUAUCAAAUCUUUAGGCUUCUGCUAAGGAGCAAUUGUGGCCAACAGUUACUAAGGUCUGCUUCAGUAAUGUGCAGACAGGGAAACUCUCAUCAUUCAACUACAAUAUCAACUCAACAUGGUCUUUUACAUCUAAAGAAAGAGAUUAUAUCGAACCAGUGGAUCAGCACAACACCCUGUUUUGCAAAAGGGAAAGACAGAGGAAAAGAUAAGAAAAAAGUCAAAGGGAAACAGGUUUUCAUCGAUGAAAAUUUACUCAGUCAAUUAACAAACCUAGACAAACUUAAAACUGAUUUUCAAGAGUGCAUUGACAUGAUGAAGGAAGAUUUUAUUAAGAACCUCUCACUUAGGUCAUCAACAGGAGCAAUUGAGUCACUACCAGUGAAAGUUGAUGGUGAUGAGUACCAGGUUCAAGACCUUGCUCAAAUUAAUCGAAAAAAUCCCAAAACUAUAGUCAUGAAAAUGGAUUCAUUUCCGCAAGCAAUCCCUGCCGUACUAGAGGCUCUCACAAAGUCUGGCAUGGACUUGAAUCCACAGCAGGACGGCACUACAAUAUUUAUCCCAGUUCCUAAAGUGACGAAAGAACAUCGAGAAAUGCUGAGCAAGAAUGCUAGAACUUUGUUUAUUAAGUACAGAGAUCGCAUCAAAGAUGUUCAAAACUCUCACAUUAAAAAAAUUAGGAAUAAAGAACUUGAAGGUGGUUUCUCCGUAGACCAGAUACAUGAAGCUGUUGAAAUGGUAACAAACAUGGCUCAAACUCACAUCUCGCAGGCAGAGGCAAUGCUGUCCACUAAACAGUCUGAACUGCUAAAAAGUUAAGCAACAAUCCCACGGCUUAGCAUUCUUAAAUGAAAUUUUCAAGUAGUAAUGGUUCUGCAUAAUUAAAUUGUAAAUACUUUUACCAAAUAAUUUUAAUUUUUACCUGUUCCCUGCAAUUCCUUUUUUUGAUUCUUAAAAUCUCUCUGUUAACAGUUCUAUAAUGUAUAAUUUAUAUAUUUUCAGAAGUCUCAAAAUUAGUAGAAAACGAAA